UGGUCAGGUGACCGGGCGGUUAUGGCGCUGAGGUGUUUUUUCUGUUAGAGGCGCGAGCGGGACUGAGAGGCAGAGAAAGAAAAACCGGAGAGAAAUCUCAGAGAGAGAAACCAGAGAGAGGGAAUAUGAAAGAAGUGUCAACAUGACAUCAAGAUAUGGGAAAACCUAUAGUAAGAAGGGAAGUGCGAGCAACUCUAAGUUUGACGAAGUGUUCUCUGGUAAGCGAGCAAAAAUAAGCACCAAAUGGGGGGAAAGCACUUUCAAGGCUCAGCUGAGCCAGAAGAGACCCAAUCUCAAACCAGAGUCAGUGGAACAGCCCAAACGGCAGAAGCUAGAAGACGAGCCAUUGGAAGAUCCUUUUGGGUUCGACAGCGAUGACGACUCUCUCCCUGUGUCAUCCCGGAAUCCAGUUUCGAGCAAAGGGCCUCAAUCAACAGAGUCUUUCAAACCAGGAGAUGGGGACAAUGCAACUUCACUGCUCGAGGUUAACAGUGUGGUUAAUCGACCUAUCAGCAGGGACGCAAUUGUAUGCAGCAAGUUGGCAGCAUUGGGUGAUGUUCUCCAUGAGAAAGCUGCAGGCAGUACUGUGGCUUUGCCUUCAGAGAUCCCAGAGGAAAUCCCAGAAUCUGGCAGCAAGUUGAACUGUCUGGAAGUGAAACACCGAGAUCCAUUCAGAGAAGGAAUUGAGAAAAUUUGUUUUCCUAAGAACAAGAACGCAAAUGAAAAUGAAAAGAAAUCUAAGGCACCUAGUCCAAUGUUGACUGACUUUAAAACUGAUGGAUUGUCAUCAGAUAGUUGUGAUGAGAUAAUGAAGAGCUCAGGUUCCCCCUCUGAAAUACUUCAGAGGACAGAGUCCCAGCCAUGGGUUGGUGGACUUGGCCGUAUGCCCUUUGUGAAAAAUGAAGCCUCCGACUGCAAGCAGGGCCGUCAGGGAGGCACUUCCUUAAAUCCCAACAAGCCUUUGGAAAUAAAAAGUAACCAAGGGACAUUUGGACGGGUGGAACAUCCCAGCUUUAAAGAUGAGGAGAUGGAGAAUGAUUCCCAGCCCCUUAGAUCAAACUGCAGGACAUAUUGUCGUUCGAAUAAAGGUAAACCAGGAGUUGCUGGCAUGACAAACUUUGAUAAAGUAAUUGAUGGCACUGGGAAGUCUGCACAUGCUGAUCUGACAUUGGGUAAGGAAAGCCUAAAACCAGAUACCAAAAUUUCAUCAGGGACAACAGGAAAGACAUCUACAGCUCGGACUGCAAAAGACACUAUCACCUUGCCCUCAUCGUAUCUGUCACCUUGUAACGUCACACUUCAGGACACCACAGACCGUAGUAUGGAUGAGUUCACCACUAGUCCAGCUGACCUGGGAGAAGCUGGCCGGUUGCGGAAAAAAACAGAAGCUGCUGCAAGUAAGACAACGGUCCGAUUCCGGCCAACCCAUUCCAAAUCCAAAAAGGAUGCGAAGCUGGAGUUCUUUGGGUUUGAUGAACAGGAGGGAGAGGAAGAUUCUCUCCAAUCCACUGGAGGUGCUGCCAACUAUAAAAUCAAGUACUUUGGUUUUGAUGAUCUAAGUGAGAGUUCUGACGAGGAUGAGAGCACUGACUCUGAAGGUAGAUGCAAGAAAAAAGCAUCAACAAGAAUGGGUGAAAUGGUGGAACUCUUGUCGGGCUCUGAGUCGACAGGUGACUCUCAGAGUAGCCAGCCGCAGUCUCAGGACAGCACUAAUACAGAUUACCUGGAAUUCAGUGAUGAGUCAAAUUCCGAUCCUGGUAGGAAACCAAUGAACAGACAGGAAAAAGCCAAGGAAAAUACCAGGAAAAUCUUCCAUGGGCCUAAACGGUCUCCUACUAAAGCUGUGUACAAUGCCAGACACUGGAAUCAGCCUGAGCCAGAGGAGCUUCCUCCAACACUGUCGCUAUCUCAUAAUGCAGUGGGGAGUGCCACAAGUAAACAGCCACUGAUACAGUCCCAAGCAACACAGGCCAUUGUCGCUUUAAAGGAAACAGCUCAGAAGGAUGAAGGUGUUUUCAAAGCUCCUCCCCCUCCACCCCGUGUGAUCAAAACAGUGACGAUACCCACCCAGCCAUACCAAGACAUUGUAACUGCACUGAAAUGUAGAAAGGAGGAUAAAGAGUUGUACACUGUGGUCCAGCAUGUGAAGCACUUCAACGAUGUGGUAGAAUUUGGAGAAAACCAGGAGUUUACGGAUGACAUUGAGUACCUACUCAGCGGACUGAAAUGUUCUCAGCCUCUCAACACACGCUGCCUUAGUAUUAUUAGUCUGGCCACCAAGUGUGCCAUGCCAAGUUUUCGAAUGCAUCUGAGGGCUCAUGGGAUGGUAGCCAUGGUCUUCAAGACACUGGAUGAUGCACAGAAGAACCAGAAUUUAGCCCUUUGCACAGCAGCACUAAUGUACAUCCUGAGCCGAGACCGAUUGAACAUGGAUCUGGAUCGAGCUAGUCUGGACUUGAUGAUCCGGCUUCUAGAGAUGGACCAGGACCCGUGUUCACGACAACUGAAUGAGAAGGAAAUGAAAAAGAUCAAAGAGAAAAUUCGUAAGCUCUGUGAAACUGUUCACAACAGGCAUCUAGACCUGGAGAACAUUACGACUGGACAUUUGGCCAUGGAGACUCUGCUUUCACUCACAUCCAGACGUGCAGGGGAUUGGUUUAAGGAGGAACUCAGGCUCCUGGGAGGAUUGGAUCACAUUGUGGAUAAAGUAAAAGAAUGCGUGGAGCAGUUGGAUGAGGAUGAAGAGCAGGACAAAUUGGUUGCAUCACUAUGGGGUGCGGAACGUUGUUUACGUGUAUUAGAGAGUGUUACUGUUCACAAUCCAGAAAACCAGGGUUAUCUUAUUGCGUAUAAAGACUCCCAACUCAUCAUCUCUUCUGCUAGAGCUUUACGACAUUGUGAGCAGCUGAUCACACGAUAUAAUCGGGAAGAAAACAAGGUUUGCGUGGCAAACAGCAAUUCCCUACCACAGUACAGUGCCUCCAGUCAUAUUGGCAAAGCAGUGGAGGACUGCAUGAGAGCAAUCUUUGGAGUCUUAUUAAAUUUGACUAAUGACAAUGAGUGGGGCAGCACGAAGACUGGUGAGCAGGACAAUCUCAUCAGCACAACCAUGAACUGCGUGCUUCAGGUGCCACAAUAUAUACCUCAGGAACAGAGAUUUGACAUUCGAGUGUUGGGACUUGGCCUGUUAAUUAACCUUGUGGAGCAUAGUGCUCGCAAUAGACAUUGUCUUGUCGACAUGGAAACACCUUGCUCCUUUGACUCAUUCUGUGCUGUGGAUGGAAACGAUAGCUUAAGGAUGGAAGGGCAAGUGGGAGCUAUUGAGGCUUUGGUGCAGCUGUUUCUGCAGCGAGAGCGAGCAGCCCGUCUUGCAGAGACAGAGACUGAUGAUUUUAUUAAAGACACGCCUGUGCCACCUCAGGACCAGAGUGGCCAAUGGCAAGAAACUGCUGGAUCUCUAGAGUGGAUACAGUCAGAAAACUCUACCAAGAAUGAGAAUGAAAAGAAGGAGGAGGAAGAUGAAGAAAUUGACCUGAAUAAAGCCUUGCAGCAUGCUGGAAAGCACAUGGAGGAUUGUAUCGUGGCCUCUUACACAGCACUGCUUCUCGGCUGCCUCUGUCAAGAAAGUCCAGUGAAUGUCACAACUGUGAGGGAGCUUUUACCUGAAGGAGAUUUCUCAAUUAUGACUGAAAUGUUGCAUAAAUUUUUGAAUUUCAUGAAUCUUACGUGUGCUGUGGGAACAACAGGACAGAAGUCUAUCUCUCGAGUGAUUGAAUAUUUGGAUCACUGCUAAAGGACAAUGGGCUUGUGCUGCUGUGCUCUGUCCCUUGGAGUUAACCCCUCUGUCGCCAACCAAUUCUUAUGGGCGGAACCUGAUCCUUCUCGCCGCCUCUUUCCUCUUCUCCCCCCACCCCUCCAAAAACACCACUGUCCCAAAUGAGGAAAGCUCCACAGGGAUCCCACAACCUGCUUUGUCAGUGACUUUGCUUCUGAAGGAAACUAUGGCCAUUGCAUAGUCUGACCAAACCAAGCAGAGCUUGAAUGAAUGAAUCAGAUGAGUCUGGUGGAGUGAAAUAAGGCAAAGGCAAAUCUGAGGAUGAAUGGCAUGUGCUUUGUUUAAUUACUGGGAUAGACGUGAUGUUUGCUGUAUAGGCCUAAUUAUUCCGUAUCCAUGCAGGAUUACAAUCAUCCCGUUAUUCUGGUCUGGAGAUUCCUGCAAGGUCAAGCUUUUAAAUCCUAACUAAUGACCUUGUGUUAUCUGGCAAUAUCCAUAGUGCUUUUUCAUUCAUAAAAUGUCAUGUUGCUAGUGUGGAUAUGGACUAAGUGUUGCACCACACAUUUUUGUAUGGUUACCUCAUUAAUGCAGACAUUAUGUUAUGGUAACCACUGUUAUUAAUAUGAAGUGGGUGGUGGCUUGAUGACAAAUUCUUCUGCCACCAAAGAUGUCUCUCAGCCCUCUGGAAUGGUUAUUUGCUUUACUACAAGCUGAACAGAUUGAGCUGUUUACGUUUUGACUCAUGGUCUAUAUAUAAGAGUUGUUUAAUACAGAUAUAUAAUUAUAAUAAAAGUUGAUGAGACUUGUUUAAUCCUCUGGUCUGUUCAGCUUGUACUAAAAUGAAUGGUUUGUGUUAAACUGUCAAUGGCAAUCUGGAUUUGUCAGGAAUACUGUUAGAUUAUUUAUUGAAUGUGAUUUUUCAGUUCAAAUGGUCUAAAGUAAGAUCAUGUCCAAGUUCAAUUGGAAAAGAGUAGCAGCUGCGGCUCGUUCCCAUUUUUGGUAUUGAGUUACCAAGAAUUUCUCUGGGCUGAAAGAUCAAUGGGGCCACAGAAAAAUGUACAAACAAGAUCCCUAAUUCAGGAUCACUGUGAGAGUGCUGCUGAAAUAUCAACUGCUAUCCUUCAGUAUUCAGUUGCCAAGUUUGGAUUGUGACUAGUCUUUGCUUCCACUUUGGAAAUGUUGCUUCCCUGGACUGUUUGAGUCUGACUGUGUAACAUCACUGAGAGCCAUCCAGAAACACCUGAGAGUUUGAACACUGGAGUGAAACCAUGUUAAUUUUCUUCUUCAGAAAUCUUUUCUCUAAUGCAGGAAAUUCCUGUCUGCAAUUGUAUCAAGUCCAGGAAAUGGUCAAAACUGGAGAGGAGAAAGCACUGGUAUGAGGAAUACAAUUUAAGAUUCUUGAUUUUAAUAUAUUGACUUUGAGUUUCACUGAAAAACUAAAUUUCCUUUAGAGAAUUUGACUUGAGACCAGGCCUGGUGAAAACUGAUCUUGUUGAAUGAAUUUUUUUAGGUCCAGGAGGAAUUUCACCUCCUACAUUAAUAUUUUAGAACACAGGACAAUCUUGCAGAGCAGAAGGGAUAGUCGUCAGUACGUGCCUUCUCUACUAUUACUCAAUUCUCUUCUGUUUCUAUCCUAAACUUAGAUAAUAAUAAGUUCACAAUAGCUGUGAAAGCCUUGCAGGCCCUCCACAACCCAGGAGACUGUUAACAGCAUAGAUGCGCCUUAAUUUUCCAAUCAAACUGAUGCAUUAGGGAGAGAUGUUGCAGGGAAUGCAGUGGAGUUGAAUUGUUGUCUGCAGUGGAUGUACCAAUAGCCAUGUUGAAAUUUUUACAUGAUUUAAGUUCUCCAGUUAAUGGCUUUCUUUCUACAAGACUUAAGUAACAAAUUCCCACACGUUCUGAAGGCAGUAAUGUUCACUGGUAAGUAAGUUCCUCCUUUAGCAGAGAUCAAGUGGUCGCUGUAUUUAAUUCCUUGAUUUGGAACAAGCUUAAAUUGUCAGACAUCUGUCUAUCAUCUUUUGUGAUGGUGGGUACUACAAAAACUGAUGGUUUUGUUUGUCAGCCCCUAGCCACCUUAGCAACACAGAUUGUUUUGUCUGAGUAAUCUUUCUAGUUUGAUUUUGACACUGACAGAAACAAACUGGACUGUUAAAGAAGGCAAAUAUGAAGGAAAGCUUGGUGCAAAAACUAAUAAAUGAUUCUUCGAUAAUAGAUUCUUCCCUCGUAUUUGUUUCACAAUGUAAGUAGUGAUGUGGGAGAUUACUAUUUCAGCCUCCAAACGCUGUCUAAGUCAUCAAGCUGUUGUAUGUGUGAAAAGAUUUUCUUCUGAUUGUCGGUUUUGAGAUUAUAUCUACAUUUCAACUUUCACCAGUUGGACCCAUUUUGCCCCUGCUUAAUCUGCAUAUCCUUCGCAGAAAUGUCAGCCAGGAUCUCCUUUGGGUUGCAGACUGCAGUGGGCACUGUAUUCAGUUACUGUUUGAAUGCUGAUGUAGAUGAGGCAUGGAAAAUGUGUAGUGGAUUUUGGAUUAUGUUCUUGUGGUGAGACCUUCUGCUGAGGUUUACAGUCUGCAGCCUCACCACCUUUAACAAAACACAAUUACAGCACGGGACAGUUUACCUUGCUAUCCUAAUACUGCUAAUAAUUCUGAAUAUAAUGGGCUUUCCAAAUAGAAAUGCUUUUUUUGACAUCAUUGGAAGGAGCUGGUUGCUAUGAGCUGGUGAGGCAGGAGCAUGCCAUGUUUCCAUGCUGACUUUUCAGUGUUCUUUGUAAAUGAUUAAAGGUAUUAUUUAUUUCACUGUGGAACAGCAAUCACCUGAAGAAUUGGGAUAUGCAUUUGUGAAAUACCUUGACCUUUUUGCUGAUCAACCCAAUUCAACCCUGUCCAUGUUGCAAAUUUAUUUGGACUUUCUGAAGAAGUAGGAAUUUUAAUUGCUGUUUUUACUGAGUGGGAAGUGUAUCAGUAAUUCAUCUAGCCUUGCAGUAUCUGGAUUUUUAAUGGUGGUUAAUAAAUGAUAAUCAACAGUAACAGAAAAGAAGACAAAUUCUUUUGCAACUUGCUGAGAGCCUGUUAUAUAUUUCGCCAGGUAUUUAUGUCCUCUCCCAGUGAUGUUCUCAAGUUUAAAAUGGUUGUAGUUGAUUUGAAAUAAAAGCUGAAGAGGGCCAUGAGGUGGUACAACAUUUUAACCUUGGGAACAAGACAAGACCAAUGGAGCACACGUUCAAGACUGAUAGUAUCCUGGGAAGCAGAAUACAUGAGCAUUUUAUUUUAAGUAUGUGACCCUCCAAAGUAAAAGUUGCAAAAAGCUACUCCUAGCUCAGUAAUAAUUUGGCUUUGUAUGCAGCUUCUUUGAUAAAGGAAGUUGGUUGGAUAAGUGGAAAUGACACCCUGUGCAGUAGGGAAUGCUCUUGAAAUUGGAAUUAAAGGAAAAGUGUGGUAGUAUAAUUGAGUUUUAUUUUGAUAUUCCUUAACUGUUGCUGACCUGUAUCUCCUGCAUUUUGAUGCUGUACGCCAAAAAGUGCAGAAGUGUACCACUCCACCAGUGACAUCUCACCCUGAAGCACAGGGAACAUUUCUGCUUAAAUUUUCAUCCAAAAUGAUCAAAUCACCUAUUGGAGCUCUUUGGUGAGGCAUUAUCACAAUUCUCAAAUCUUCUAUGACUUGCUUCUACAUCUCUGGUCUUUGUUGUUUAAUCAGUCUUUAACUUCUGAUCACAUCUAAGACUGGUUGUGAAGCUUUACCUCUGUACAGCUGUGGUCAGGAAUAUUAUUUUAUUCAGAGCCAUAAGAACUAUGCAGAUAAUGUAUCACAAUAAAAUUUAUAUUCCUUUCUCCAUGCUUCCCAAUCUGUUUUGCCCCCUGCCUUUGUUUUCAGUUAGUCUUUAGUCUUUAGUCUUUAGUCUCCAGUGCUAUUCCUGUGGCUUGCAUUGUUACUGCUCAUUACCAAGCUUGAGAAAUCUAUAAAGAAUGCUCCACGAAUCCUGUUUAUUGCCCCCUCUUUUUGACAGGUGGGUGUAUAGCCUGUGCUAAGUGUCUAUAAUCAGCUGUCUGGACUGAACUUUUAGUUAAAAAUCACAGUUUAUCCAAGACAAUUGGAAGGUUUUGCUUUCUUAAUGUAUUAUGCGCUCGUAAAAGGAUCUAUUCCUACUUGUCUAAUUUCACAACAAAUUGAAGGUCAGGAAGCAUGUGUUCAAACUUGUAAUCAGCUUCUGGCCAAGGAGGAGCAGCAAAUAUUGCCAGUCCUUAUGUAACUUAACAACAGUUGGCUGGAUUGGUCUUGUGUACAGAUCUUUCUUCUUCAAGACAGGCACACAUGGGUAGAGAACAGAGGCAUUUAACACUGUCUUGCAUUCUUUUUGGGUGAGCGCUUUAAGUUGCCCUGUCUAAUUCCAGCCAAGUCAGUAAUAUCUUCUGUGAACAGCCCAGUUAUCUCCACUGCUGUUCAUGUUUCUUGAUAAAAUAAUAUUUCUCUACUCUGUACAGAUGAUCAUGACCCUGACUAAUCUGGAUUUAAGCUGAAUAGUGCUGACUUGACUGUUUUGUGUAAGUUUCUGUUCGUGCAAUGCACCAGUGUUAGUGAAGCCAUUGGGUGUUUAGUGAGGGAAUAAAGCAUACUUCACUGCAUUUGUUGAAGCAGUUUCUGGCUUUUUGUUUCAAUGAUUUCUUGGAACGUAGUUUCCUAUCACAGACCAACUGUACUCGAGUUAUCAACCAUCCUGCUCCUUGCAUUUUGCUUCACCGGUGUUAGCAGAUGUUCAACAUGUAUUGUGUUUCUUCCAGGAUUCUUCGUGACAUGAGAGUAGAUUUCAGUCUUAUUUUAAGCAAUACACUGAUCACAUUGUGUCCCUGUAUGUAAUGUUCCUUACCCUAGUUAUAAAAGUAAAUUGUGCUGCUUUGUUUUAAGUGUUGUGGCUGCGGUUCUCCCAGACUACUUAUGAUGAGGUCACUGCCUUAUUUGCAUUUCACCUCUAGUCAUAUCUUGAAAUCUGUGAAUAGUGUGAGCAGUUUCUAUCAUUGUUCUUGACUUGUGUAUGUUGAUCUCUAGUCAUCCAGAUGUUUUUAAGUUUUUAUAAAUAUUUUUUAUCAACUGUACUUCUCAAAUCAGAGACUUGGCUCUGAUAUUUUAAAGCCAUGUAUUAUAUUUGUCAAAUUACUUUUAAUAGAUUAAAUCAAAUGCAAUUUUAGUUUAAUUUUGGGUUGAAGACUACAGCUAUUCAACACUGGUUCUUUUGAUGAGUAUAUUUCUAUCUGCUGCAGCCAGCUUUGAUUUUAGGCAAGUGUUGGAGUUUUAUGUUGUGUGGUACCACUUCCCCUAAUCAGUUAUUGCCUUUGGAGAAUCCUAUUUUCUAUGUUCAUCAUCUGAUGGGAAUGUUUAAAAUCAUGUGAUGUCCAUCCUUUUCGAGGAAUUGUUAAUCUGUAGGAUUGCUUGCAACUAUGUACAAAAUCUAAACCAAGCCAGUGUGCCACAAUUUUGUAGCAUUACAGUGCUCCAAUCCUGAACAUUGUAACAUUGAGUUAUUGCUAGUCUUCAAAUUAAAUGAAGAUGGGGGAGACAUUGAUAAAUAUUAUUGAGUUAAAAUUGCUAUCUGCACUCCAUCUCUGAUUUUGAAAGUAAUGGUCAGAUGAUAUCUGGGCUGGAAAGAGAUCUUCCUGGUGAAGUGUAGAUUGUCGGACCAGUUCAUGGUAUUAUGGCCGUAACUGUCUCUCAAUUUCUGCAUUUCAGACAUUCCCUUGAAUUUUGUCUUCCUACCACUUAUCAAAUUGGACUAUUAAAGUUGGACAGUUGACCCUGGCUAACUUGUAUGCACACUGGGCAAAAAUGUACUUUUAUUGUAGAUGAAUGAAAAGUGCUUCACUCCUUCGGAAAAUAGAUUCAGUAAAGUCAAUCUUGAAAUGCGGUGUUACCUUAAUACUGCAAUCGAAUUGAUAAUGACAUGGUCAAGUCAAAAGUUCUUGUUCAGAUUUGCAUUGAAACUUUUAAUUCUACUUCCUAUGCUGCUAGGUGAUCAGACAUGGUUUGAAUUUACUUCACAUAAAGUUGAUCUUGAUGCUCAAUGAGUUUGGGAACUGAGAACGAUGCUGUAAAUUGAAACAAAAACAGAAGUUGCUGGAAAAGCUCAGCAGGUCUGACAGCAUCAUAAAUUGGAAGUUGGCUCCAGAUUCUUCAUAUCAACUAUUGAAUGUUUGAUUUGGUGACUAUGAUUGUUUGUCCAGGAGAGAUGGAGAAUGUCACUGAUUUUAACAACUGUUUCACACGUUCAGUUUUAUUUUACUUUACUUUUUCUUGCUUCCCUGCCAUUUUGUGAAUAAUUUGAUGGGAAAUGGUUGUGUAGGUGGGUCCUUGUUUGGUUGGGAUUAUCAGUGUAGACUAAUACUUCAUUCUCGUCUGGUGGCACUAGCCUGAGGUUUCUCUGCUCCUCCUUCAUACUCCCUUCUUUUGGUCUUGCUUUGGGAAUGGAGGAACCUCUUUUGUACAAAAACUCAAAAGCAGACCCAUCUGGUAGCUCAGUCAAUUCUGUCCCUUUCAUCUUUACAUUUAGUCUGGUUUUACAAUUGUAUUCCUUAUCUGUUCAAUUUGACUUUUUUAUAAAAGCUGAAGUUCCUGUGGGCCAUUAGCCCUUCUGUUCGUUUAUUUAUAGAAGGUUUGGGGCCUUGUAAUUACUAUAUUGGUGGGGAUUUAUGGACAUAAAUGCCUUAACAAAUGGGCCUUGGAGUAUUUAUGUAAAUUAGAAGUAUAUUGAUAUAAAAUAAACCAAAGUGGAAAGUUUGGGUUUUCAAAUCAUUCCACAAAGGGGAGGACAAGCUGAAAUAUUCACUGAAAACUUUGGCCUCAGUUGAUAAAGCGCAAUUAAGUAUGGUUUUGGAGUGGAAGAUGUUGGCAGAUUCUGCUAAGUGAUGCUUUUAAACUGGUGUUGCCUGCCGUGAGGCUAAUGGGCCAAUCUCCAUCACAAUAGCUGGCUGUUACCAACAGUGGCCUCUCGUAGUUCUACCUGUUCACUUCAGUUUUCUGCUAGAGAUGCUUGGUGUACUGAAGGAAAUAGAAUUGAUUUGAGUCAGCAGUUGAUCCUGUCUUUUCAGAAAUUCUGACAGAAAUGUUUAAACUAAAAUGCAUCAAAGCAGAUGAUAAAAAUGUUAACAAAAACCAUUGUAGCCUGAUCAUGAGUAUUCAGCCUCCAAUGAGUGGAAUCAUUCCAAUACCCAUUUUCCUCAAAUUUAUCAUUUGCUAAAGCUUUACUAAGUGUCCUGUUUCCAAGACAAUUACAAUUUUGAGUUUGCCUGCAAUCAAAAGUAAUGCAGUAAAUUGUUGUCCUUGAAAAUAUGCACAAUCUUUAUAUACUAUUUAUCAUACCUGCAUUGCUCAUUGAUUCAGAACGCGUUGAAAUCAGAGCAUAUUUUUUAACAAAAGAUCUGGCCUGUCUACUUGUUUCUUCACACUUUAUUCAUUGAUCAUGUAUGCAACAACUGGAAAAACCAUUUUCAUUUUCGAAACAUGCCAAUCAGCAAAUCUGAAAACUUAAGCCAGUUGUUUUGGAAAUCUGAAUUGGAAUCAAACAAUCCCAUUUAUCAGGAUAUUCCUGUUUACACAUGGAUACAACAUAUUUGCAAUGAGUUGAUAACUAAAAUAAUGUGUCCAAUAAAUGUAUGUUUCCAUUAACCACAAAUCCAUUAUGUGGUAUGACAUAUGUUUUUAGCAAUCUGUGCCUAUUAAUUAAAUUCACAAAACCUGCAUAACCCCUCUUUAUAGCCUCUUACAGUUGUUAGGCUUAGGGACUUGGACAGUUGUCUCCAGAUAAAUGCAUCCUUGAGAUAAGAGUAGAAUUGCAUAAUGCCACAUAUUUUACAUGGUUACUUUAUAGAAUAACUGAUCUACACAAUUUUUCUCACUGUCUGGUUUUAUUACUUAACAUACAGAGUGUUUGUUUAUGUAUGAAUGUAAUCAUUACUAGAACAAGCAGUUGGGACAUGCAGUUUGGAAAUGCUGAACUGCAUGGCAUUUCUUGGUUUAAGGUUGAUGGGGUUUGGGAGCCUGCUGUGUGGUGAUGGUGCAUGACUCUGGCAGUUUGGGGAAGGAGAAAGGGUUCAUCUUAAACAUUACAUUGAGACCUAGCCAAUGUUUUAAGUCCCCCAACAGUCAGGUAUUGAACAUACUUCUGUGAAGAGAAAUCAGAGUUAAUGUUUUAGCUCUGUUCUGAGGAAGGGUCACCAGACCCGAUAUGUUAACUCCGAUUUCUCUUCACAGAUGUUGCCGCACCUGCUGAGCUUUUCCAGCAAUCUAUUUUUGUUUCUGAACAUAAUUCAGAGUUUGCUUUUCAACCACUUGACAUUCAGCAGAGAAAUGCUGAAAAGGUUUUGUUUUACUAGGAGGGGCAGAUAAAACUGGGAUGAUCUCCAAAGAGUUUAUUCCUCAGCAAGGCCGUGUUGAUUUUGGCCUUGUGUAACUCCAAUUCUACAAUCCAGUCCUCCCAAUUCACGAAAAUUAGAAUGGGAGAAACUGCUAUAGUGAAAUUGGGGGAUUUUCCUAUUGUUUUUAGACUUCCAAUAUAUCCUAAGUAUUUAUGCAGAAAAUUUCAUAGGCUUCUAAAUGUGCAUUUAUCAGGAUUCAGCUGCCCUUUGGCAUGUUCGCCUGUUUCAAUGUGACAAAUGUUUGGUGGUAGUUUUGUGAAUAAAAGCUGUAACUGCAGUAUUUUGAGGUGGAAGUUACUUCUGAUGCAGUACCACAUGAUAUUACAGCCACUUCCUCCAAGAUGCAGUGGCAGCACUCUCUCUGCACAGUUCCUUGUGGAGUUUUCACAGGAGUAAAACUCCAGUAUCUACACUUCAAUUGUUCUCAUUCCAUUCAGGUGUAAUAAUCACAUGACUGCAAAGGGUAUGCGAGGGCCGAAUCAGAAUGAGUUUGAAAUAAAUUUUAAAUGACUUUCUUGUAAAUAAUUGUGUAAAUAUUGACAAUUGGAAAUUUAGAAUGGUAGAAAUACUUUUCAGAAUCUGAUCCUAUUUUUAUUUUAUACAGUAUUUCUCAGUUGCAAUCUUUCAGAGUAAAAGCCAAAUGGCAGGAAAUAGAGUUUGUACCAGUUUCAUGAAGUAUGUCUUUGGUUACUUGUAAAUAAUUUUAACUCAAAUAAAAAUUGCUACUUUCAGUACAGUU